UACAGAAGAAGUAUUUAUUCCCAGCGACGAUCUCCCUAUUACUCUUUUUUAUUUGUAUAAUUUUUAUUUAUAUUCUUUCAAUAAGUUGUUGUGGCUGUUCUCACCACCAAGUCAGGAACAUAAUGGUAAAGAAAAUAAGUGAUAAGUUGUAGUAUCUAUACAUCAUAUGUACUGACCUAAUAAUUUUGCUUAUAACAACAUGAUCUAGUUUCAUAGCACACCACAACAGCUGACAGAAAUACAAUCCGUAACUCUUGUGCAUCGUUAUUGACUUUAUAAUUUUAUUUAAUUAAUUAAAACUAUGUCCUAUUUUCUUAUCUGGGCUAUAUAAUGGAGCAAUUAUAUACAGCAAACAAUUUACCUUAUUAUUAUUUACAAAUAUCUACUACAAUAAAGUAAAAUCUCUUAGGUAUACUAAGUACUUAUUUACUUUACAUAUUAUCUAGGCAUUGUCUUGUCAAAUGUACUUAUAGUAUGCACUAUUUAUAGAGUUUAUUUAUACACGUUUAUUCUUAUAAUUGACCUACUUCAUGGCGGUAACGAAACAAGAUUCACUAGAAUAUUUGCCACUAGAAAAAUGGCCAGAAUUACAAGCUAGUUUUAUGAAAAAUUGGCCUCGAGGAAUAUCUGCAUACUACGCACUAGAGACCCAAAAGGAAUGGAUGCAAAGAGGAAUUGAACAUGAGUUUAAAGUGUACUGUCCAUUUGGUAUUGUAAAUAAUGGAAUGGUGGCUUUUAAUAAAAAGAGUACUUUCAAUGAAAUCAUAAUACAAUGUCCACAAGAAGACACGUCACAGCUUGAAGAAGCUCUUAGACUGACAAAGUUAAUAGACUGGCGACAAUCAAUGACUGUGCCAUAUCCACCAAGUCAUAUUACUAAUUGUAUCAGAAACAUUCUUAGAGACGUCAACAUGGAAAUAGACGGAGAGGGAUGUCCGCAUGAAAUUUUCAUAUUGGAUAAACUUAAUCCUCUUUUUAAAGAUAUCAGUUUACCUGCAGGGUUGACGUUUAAACCGUUAUCAAAAGAGCAUAUAAAUUUAGUGGACUCAUCGUGGGUGAAUCGCUAUGAUAGCUCUGCUUGGUACAUCGAGUUGUUGAUUACAACACAAUCAGGCUUUGGAAUAUUCAAAGACAAUGAACUAGCAUGCUGGGUAUUCAUCAACGAAGUUGGAGCUCUCACACAUUUGUACACCAUACUCGACUACAGAAAGAGAGGAUACGCAGAAAUACUACUUAAAUUAGUUUGCAAUAAUCGCUUGAAAGAGAAUAAGGAUUCGUUCGCUUAUUGCAUGAGAGGAAAUGAAAAUGCAUACAAUCUGUAUAAGAAACUUGGCUUCGUUAAAUUCCAUACGGUUAUUUGGCGGCAUUUAAUACCAAAACAUAUAAAAUAAUAAUAUCAUGUUUGUUGUAUUUGUUAAAAAUCUUAUUUGUUAUUGAGUUUUUAUUCAUUGGUAAUCAAACAUUAUUGUUACUUAAACAAUAAUGUUU